AUGGCGGGAGCUGGGAUGCGGUGUCUGGCUGCGACAGCGGACGUGGUAUGUAUGUACGUCCGUACUGCGCAGGGAUCGUCAAUCGUCAAAAAUCCCUGGUCAGAUGUGCAGCUCCAGCCUACCCAAGUUACAAAGCUUGCUGCAAAGCGUACUGCGAGGUCGUCCCGGCGUCGUGAGUCCAAAGACGGUUUGACGGGAAGUGGUGAUAAAUAA